AUGGAAAAUUUUCAGAAUCUGAUGCGAAAAUUCGAAGAGGAAAUCACUGAUCAAUCCCUAAAUGAGUUCUCACGAGUGUUGAUGCGACUGAACGUCUCUGUUUUAUCACCAAAGCUCACCGAAGUGGAGAUGCCCGAGCUCAGCUACCGGGCUUUGGCUGAAAAUGCCAUCAAAAUAAGUUCGUUGGGUGGAUCGGCUAAAGUUAGCGCUAAAUAUCGUGCCGUCUAUAAGACGGUGCGUGAGGGGCAGUUGACCGUGCAAAUGGAGAAUUUUGAUGUGAACGUCCGAAUAAAAUUCACGAAGACAUUCGCUGGCUAUUUACAGGUUUGA